AUUAUAAGAGAUUAAAUUUCGGGGGUUUAAUCCAUAUAAAUUGCCAAUAAUUUAGAGAGUUUUAAUCUCACUACACGUUAUAAAUUGUUAUAUGUGCCAGCAUAUGGCUUUAGUGGACCGUGUCAGGGACCACGUGGUGCCGUUAAAGAACGACUGAAUCGGUUCAUUGAAAUGAACUUUUCAAAAGAACCGAGUCGCAGAAAUGAGUCACACAACUCAUCUAUUUGACUCGCAGGAGGAACCCAAAUGCACGUACCCCAUGACGUCACAAUAUGUUAUUUAAUGUGGUUUAUUAUUAAAAGAGCCUAACUUGUAUUAUAUCACAACAAUAUCUAAUGCUUAUAACACUGAGUGGCGAAUACGUUUUAUUAGCUAUUCAAAAUGUCGUGUUUUCAGAAUGAACAGCAGUAUGUUUCUGCACGGAGAUGUUUCAGAGCUGCUCUUCUUUAAAUGACUGCACUGAUCAGCUGGUUCCGCCGCUAGAGUCUGUAGUUGAGUUGUUACAUCCCUCAGCAUCCUUUCACCUUACUCUCUUCCAGCGGUCACUGCAUGUAUAAAGCUUGCAUUUUAGUAUGAUUUCAGGAUAUAAUUUUUGCUUACUGUAACUGCACAACCCACAAUUAUUCAGCUUCAGAAGAUCAGGUUGAAAGUGUGGUCCUCUCAUUGGGCUUGUGGGUUCCCAUGGGCAGUGUGCUGGCCUUGUCAACCCGGCCAGGGCGCCAAAACUCCCCCUUUCCACAAGAUAGACCCUUGUCACGGUGGGAUAGGAGAGAUGGACGGCUGCCUAACCCGGGAAGUUUUGAUGGUCUGCACCGCAACUGUAAAGAUGUGUUUCCACAGCAGAUUGAAGGUGUAAAACUGGUGAUAAAUAAGACCCUCAGCAGUUUUUUCAAGGUCAGUCACACAUUUCACCUCAGUGCUGUUGCUCCGUCCAGUUAUCGCUUUCACGCUGAGCACCUACAAUCAGACACUGACAGCAAAGAAACGGACACACCUAUGCUAAUUGGGGAAAUGGACUCCUCUGGCAGCUUAAACGCACACUCUUUGUUUCAUCUGAGUGAGAAAAUAAGAGCUAAAGCAGUAUUUCAGACUCAACAGGCACAGUUUGUCACAUGGCAGUUUGAGACCGAGUAUAGAGGCAGUGACUUUACCGCAGCGAUUACUAUGGCCAACCCUGACAUUUUCAGGGAAUCAGUUAUCAUGGUUGCACAUUUUCUUCAGAGUGUAUCCCCGCAGCUGGUCCUGGGGGGAGAGCUGGUGUAUCAUCGAGGUCGAGCAGAAGAAGGAGGCAUACUUACCCUGGCAGGCCAGUACUCAGGGCCAAAUUGGGUUGCAACACUGAAUGCUGGUAAAGGAGGUGCACAUGCUAGCUACUACCACAGGGCCAACAAACAGAUUCAGGUAGGAGUGGAGUUUGAGGCAAGCACUCGGACCCAGGAGACAACCUUCUCUUUUGGUUACCAAAUGGAACUUCCUGAAGCUAAAAUGGUCUUCAGAGGAAUGUUGGACAGCCGCUGUAUCAUUGGCGGGGUUCUGGAAAAGCGGCUCUACCCUCUUCCUGCCACCUUGAUCAUGGGUGCCUUUGUCAAUCACAGAGCAGACAAGUUGCAGGUCGGUCUUGGGGUCAGUGUUGGUUAGAUAUGAAUCUUAACUCAACAGAGGCACCGCUUAAGACUUUUGGGACCCCAGAAAACCACCUUCACGUCUGUCCAAAGACACUGGUCCACCACAGACUCCGGACAGAACAGGCAAGCCAACCAAAGCCCUGUUCUCCAUACUGGACAAUCAUGCCGUUCAUGGCAAGCAGGAAUGAGGGCUAAAAAAGACCAAGAACACAAAGCUCUCUAUGUUGGUCCCAACCUGUAUCAAGGGUUUUGCUGUUUUGGUCUUAUGUUGGCCCCUAAGUAACCUGAGGUAAAUAAACUGAGGUAUGUUCACAGAUUAUCUAAUUUAAGAACAAGGUGGCAAACUCAGCAACUGUUGGCAGAGACCAUACAAAUGUAGUGACAUAAAUGAGUGUCGCAAAAUUUCUCUAUUAAAGAUUUAUUUUUUGUAGCAAACUCCAGUUAUAGUUUAGACUCCAAAAUCAAUAUGUCAAGCCAAACAUAUUGAAGAUUAGCAAAGAGGCACACAAUUUAUCAUUUGUCAUCCAUUAACUUCCAUUCAAAUAAACACCUUUUGCUCUCCUUCUUAAGUUAACCUUUACAUCUCUACUUAGGGGACGGACUCUGGUGUAAUGGCACGUGUGACAGUGGAAGGAAUAAAAGUGAUGCAUUAUUGAUAAAAAAUCAGACUAGCAUCAGAGCCAUGGAGUGGUAGUGCAUGUUCUUAUGAAUCAUAACAGCCAAAGGCUCACAGGAAUGCAGGUAUGAAUACGCCCUGCAUCAUAUUGGCCACAUACACGUUGUGUCAGGUGUGACAACCGCAUGUAAUUGCGGGAGUAAAUCCCCUAAAAAAACUUAAGGCCCGUUCACACGGAGGAUGAUAACUGUAACCAUAAAGUUUUAAUAUUUGUUCUAAUUCUAUGAGAAUAGUUAUAUUCCACACGACAGCUAUAACAAAGGGGAGCGAUAUCGUUGGAAUCACUUUCAGAAUGUUUUUUUUCUUUUUCAGCUGAUGAACUAUAAAAACAUUUGAGAAUCAUGUUUAAAAUUUGCUCUUUAAAAAAACUUUAAAGGGUUAGUUCACCCAAAAAU